GCAUUCCUUACACUUAUAAGAGGCAGGAUGUGGGUGCCAUCAGCAGUGUGCUGCAAGCAGGGGAGGCGAAAAGAUCUACACAGCUGGGUCUCCACUUACCAUUACCAUGAAGCUACCUGUGUUACUUUUCCUUCUGGCACUGGUGCAGGUAGGAUAUCAGAAGAGCCUCAGAGAUGAUGCAUAUGGAGAGAACAAAGUCCUUGAACUGAUGCAAGAUGAGCAUUAUGGUAGUGAUCUGACACUGGCUCCCUCCCUCAGCUUAGAGAAUCAUGAGAGUGUUCCUGGACAAGAAGUAAGGACACACAUAAAACAAACCAAAAGAAAUUUCCUCAAGAAGUUGAAGGCCAAAUUUAAGAAGAAAAAUAAGCUUAAAGAUAAAAAAAAACAACAGAGACCAACCAACUUUACUGGUUACUCUAGGGUUUCUCAAGAUGUAGGUAGCAGCAGAUUUUAUGGUAGGAAGAGGGAGAGAGAUGAUGAGGAACGUCAGGCUCUAUUACAGCAAGAAGAGACUGAAGACUUUGAUGAUGACUAUGGUGACGACUAUGACAGAAACUACGAUAAACGAGGAAAUAUUAGGACGGCACUUGAAGAAAAUGAUCGAGAUGGCAACAAUUACAACUAUAUGAAUUAUGUAGAGGAAGCUCAAGAAGAGGCUAGACGCCCAUGUAGGAAAGGACUUAGGCAUAGAUCAAGAGGUGCAACAUCUGCAGUCAAAAGGGAAAAGACAAAUCCUAUUGACUCGGCUCAACAGAAACCUAAGACAAAUCCUAUUGACUCGGCUCAACAGAAACCUAAACAAGAUUAAAAACAAAGUUUUAAGCAACUGUUGGGGAAGGAAAGUGGAGCAGAUUACAACUAAGUAUGUAGUAUAUCUGGGUAUCUUUGUUUAUAAAACAAAAGUUAAUGAAGGCUUAAAUUUAAAAUAAGUUAUAAAUCUUUGAAACAUAAUACAAUACAGGUGAAUCCUGUUAUCCUAAAGUCACUGGAGCCAAGGGCAUUAUGGCACAACAAAAAUUUUUGUCUCGAAUAUACAAAAAAAUUCUAGAGUAUUCCACAUAUACACACACACACAAAAAAAAAAAAAGAAUACCACUUGCUACCAACUGUUUUGUUACAAAUGAAUUAUAUUUUAGGUACAGAAAUACCUCGGGAUAUGAACUUAAUUUGUUCCAGAAGGCUGUUCGAGUGCCGAUACUGAACGAAUUUGUUCCCAUAAGGAAUAAUAUGAAUUAGAUUAAUCAGUUUCAGACCCCCAAAAAUGCACUUACAUAAAUACACUUGUUUGAGUUUUUAGCUGUUCAUAUCCUCAUGUACCACCGUAUAAUGUAGGAUAAAAGAAUUCAUAAAAACUGCUUUUCACUGUAAAACUUGAUUAAAUACAUUUUUAUUAAAUGUAGCCAUUGGCAGGCAGGUCAUACUUGUAUGGUAAAAAUCUGCAUCAUGUGGUGUUGGUGAUCACACAAAAUAUUUUAUCAGUCACCAACAUUAUUAUUAUUAUUCUUAGAUUCAUUGAGAGUGCUAAACCUGUAGGAAUCAUACAGUACCUACCAUCAAAUAAAAUAUGAUGCACUGGAUUCAUUUAAGAUGUUUUUUACAAUUUCAGCCAAAAGAGGAUAUUAUAGCUCCUCCCUUUUGAAGUGUUCAUUGGGGGGGUAAUUUUUGUUUUACUUGAUCAGCUUCAGGAUUAAACUAUCAUAUUUUGCUAAUGACAUUAAUCUUAUCAAUGAUUUUAGUCUUUGAUUUCAAAAAUCAUUAGUGACUACCACAUUUAUUUUAAUAUAGCCCUGAGGAUAUAGUGAUGAUGAUGAUCAAGGUGUAGUUUUGAUUGAUAGUCAUUGAGGUGUAUUUUUUAUAGUCUUUGUGGUACAGUUAUUAAUUCAGAAGAAUGCUCUAGAUUUAGUAGACUUUUUUUUUUUUUUUUAUACUCCUCAGCCAAGGGAUUAUAACCCAGUUUAAGAGAAUUAGUUUUGAUUAUGCUAGUGCUGUAUAGCCCUUGUGGCUUAGCGCUUCUUUUUUAUUAUAAUAAAUAAUUUGAUUAUGCUAAUAAUAAUAAGUGCCAAACCACCUGGAUCAUACAGCAAUUUAAGAGAAAACCAUCUCUAAUUUAUUAAAAAUUCAGCUACACCUCUGAUAGUUUAAUCUCUCAUUAUUCUUUUAAACUAAACAGUGUCAGUAUGUGUGUCACUACUGGAGACCUAAUUGCAUGUGCAUAUAUGUAGUAAAUAUAUUCCACUACAUAACUGUAAUGCUGAGAAUUGUAUCGUGGACAUAAUUUUGAAAUAAAAGUGAAUUUGCA